AACAAAUGUGACGUGAAAUUGGCAACUUGUGUUGCAUACUCUUUUAUAACGGCAUCCGCGCCGGUAAAUGUUAAUAGUAAGAUUUGUUGAGAAACUUAUGCGUUCCUUCAAAUGGAGAUGGAAGACGAAGUGGAACUGCCGCCCGUUUUCGAAUUUAUACACAACAUCGCAAAAAAACAUAAUAGCAUAGUUAAUUAUGAGAGAGAAAUAAAACAUUUGCGCUAUAUGUUGGACUGUUGUGAAAAAAAAUGUUUAAUUUUAGAAAGAAAACUUAAAUCCAAAAAAUGUGCGAAAUGUGGCCACGAAAGACCAAAUCGUACAACAAGAGGUACGACUACGCGUGAUUUAACUCGAUCAAUUGAUGUAGGUGUUCAGUUUCCAGACCUGUUUCCAGAAUUGUUGGCUUACAAUAAGCAGUUGAAAUUUCUUCGCCCAGUAACUCCUAUUACUGACCCGGCAGAAUUAAUGCUGAUUAGUAAGAAUGCUAAAACGUGUACCAAACUGAGAGGUGUUACUCGUAGCAUUGGGUUUAUAGAUGGUUUCAAUAGAAAUAACGAAAGUACACAAACAGAUCCGAUACAAAUAAAUGAUGAUGGACUUUAUUCUAUAAUAAAAUCUGCAUAUAAUAGUAUGAAUUGUUAUAUCACAAACUAUAAUAAAGAUCCAUCACAAUGUCUCCAAAAAGAAAUAAAAGAUGAAGAUUCGACUUCAUCCAACGAAGCCAAUGUGGGCCUGAUGCCAGAAAAAAAGAAAUGGAGUUUUAAAAAAAGCAAGCAGACCAUGAAAAAUGAAUUAAAAGUAUCUUCGCAGGAUAAAUCUGUUGGUGUAUCUUAUAUUGAUUUAAGAACAUUGGAUAACCAUAAAUAUAAAAAUGAAGUCGAAAAACCAGAUGAUCAUAUGAUUAUUGAAUCUGGAUUAUCGAUUGAAGAAGUAAAUAGCAGAGAUGAUCAUGUUGUAGCUAAUGAUGGUUACGAAAAUAUUAAUUCAAAUAUUUUAGAAAAAUGUGAUAAUAUGGAUACAGGAAAUCAAGUCGAGAGUGAGGAAGACAGUGUACAAGGCCAUGGUAAUAGGGAAAGCAGUAGCAUUUCAGAAGAAAUUAGCAAUGCAACAAGUGAUAAUAUAAUUAGAGAUGAGUGCACUAUUAAUACUAUGAAAAUAAUUGAUAACUCCUUAGAAGAAGUUCAGAACCCAAUUUUUAAUAUUGAAUAUCGAUAAUGUACAAGGACAUGGUAAUAGGGAAAGCAGUAACAUUUCAGAAGAAAUUGUUGAACCUUUUAAGAAAGUCUUGAAACCUACUAAUGAUACUAAUGCUAAAAAUGUAUCUGACAAUGAAACAAGUGAUAAUAUAAUUAGAGAUGAGUGCGCUGUUAAUACUAU